AUGAAGAUUCUCGGGAACAGCAUGAAACGGAUGAAGAAUUUUAUAAGGCCGAAGCGGGAAACGGUCAAGAGUGUGGAAAACUAUCUGAAACCUAGUCUGAGACUGUACCGGAGAGAGAACCACUGUGACCUGCUGAAGCGGGCUCGGAAUGGAUUGAACGUGGUCGUGGUGGAGAAGAAUGCGACCUACCAGGAAGCAUCCACUUGUCGGUCGGUUGGUAGUUCGAGUGUUUACUUAUGUAAACAAACAGUUGAAAGUGCGUUUGAAAUAGUGAUUGAAGAUCUCGAGUACACGGAAGAUUCGUUUUUCGUUAUAACGAAAGAUCAACUCGAAGAAGAUCUUCGAAACGCAGCUUUCGAGUGUGACGUGGAGGAGCUGUUCCAGCGGAUUAUCAGUUGGAGGAAGGCGAAGGGAGCAGAUCUUUUCACCUUUGAGGCUAUCGAUUUUUACGACGAUUCCGAACAAGACGAUUUUUUUGCGACCGGAAACACAUCAAGUUUUCCAGAUGAAAACGACCAAACCACAGCAUCAGCGGUUGAAGCCGUAACUCACGGCAGUACGAACAUCACGAUCCCGAACACCAUUUCCCAGGUCGAGCCGAGCGUGCCCGCUUCUGGUGGUCUCAACAAGAUCACAUCCGCCGUCCAGCCGAGAGAAUCCGCUCCAGGAGGAUUGCAUCAAACCGCAGCAUCGAGCGUGACCGCCGCUGGAGGUGUGACUAGCUUUAUCUCUGCGCCAGCGUUUCGACCCGGAGCUGACAUCAGUACAAACACUCCGUUCAUCGUUCACGAGAUUCAGCCGAGUGUUAUCGCUUCUGGAGGUCUCAACCAGACCGCAUCAUCGACCGUGUCCGCUGCUGGAGGUCUUAAUCAGACCAUAUCAUCGAGCGUGACCACCGCUGGAGGUGUGACUAGCUACAUCUCCGCGCCAGCGUUUCAACCCGGAGCUGACAUCAGUACAAACACUCCGUUCAUCGUUCACGAGAUUCAGCCGAGUGUUAUCGCUUCUGGAGGUCUCAACCAGACCGCAUCAUCGAGCAUUUCCACCGUCCAGCCGAGCGAAUCCGCUUCAGGGGAAUUGCAUCAAUCUGCAUCAUCGACCGUGUCCGGAGGUGUAACUAGCUUCAUCUCUGCGCCAGCGUUUCGCCCUGGAACCCACGGCAGUACGAACCACACGAUCCCGAACGCUAUUUCCCAGGUCGAGCCGAGAGUGUCCGCUUCUGGCGGUCUCAACAAGAUCACAUCCGCCGACCAGCCGAGCGUAUCCGCUCCAGAAGGAUUGCAUCAAACCGCAACAUCGACCGUGUCCGCUGCUGGAGGUCUUAACCAGACCAUAUCAUCGAGCGUGACCACCGCUGGAGGUGUGACUAGCUACAUCUCCGCGCCAGCGUUUCAACCCGGAGCUGACAUCAGUACAAACACUCCGUUCAUUGUUCACGAGAUUCAGCCGAGUGUUAUCGCUUCUGGAGGUCUCAACCAGACCGCAUCAUCGAGCAUUUCCACCGUCCAGCCGAGCGAAUCCGCUUCAGGGGAAUUGCAUCAAUCUGCAUCAUCGACCGUGUCCGGAGGUGUAACUAGCUUCAUCUCUGCGCCAGCGUUUCGCCCUGGAACCCACGGCAGUACGAACCACACGAUCCCGAACGCUAUUUCCCAGGUCGAGCCGAGAGUGUCCGCUUCUGGCGGUCUCAACAAGAUCACAUCCGCCGACCAGCCGAGCGUGUCCGCUCCAGAAGGAUUGCAUCAAACCGCAUCAUCGAGCGUGACCGCCGCUGGAGGUGUAACUAGCUUCAUCUCUGCGCCAGCGUUUCGACCCGAAACCCACGGUAGUACGAACAUCACGAUCCCGAACGCCGUUUUCAAGGUCGAGCCGAGCGUGCCCGCCUCUGGAGGUCUCAACCAGACCGCAUCAUCAACCGUGACCGCCGCUGGAGGUGUGACUAGCUAUAUCUCCGCGCCAGCGUUUCAACCCGGUGCUCACAUCAGUACAAAUACUCCGUUCAUCGUUCACGAGAUUCAGCCGAGUUGCACCGUCCAGCCGAGCGAAUUCGCUUCAGGGGGAUUGCAUCAAUCCGCAUCAUCGACCGUGCCCGCUUCUGGAGGUGUAACUAGCUUCAUCUCUGCGCCAGCGUUUCGCCCUGGAACCCACGGCAGUACGAACCACACGAUCCCGAACACCAUUUCCCAGGUCGAGCCGAGCGUGCCCGCUUCUGGUGGUCUCAACAAGAUCACAUCCGCCGUCCAGCCGAGCGUGUCCGCUCCAGAAGGAUUGCAUCAAACCGCAUCAUCGAGCGUGACCGCCGCUGGAGGUGUGACUAGCUAUAUCUCCGCGCCAGCGUUUCAACCCGGAACCCAUAGCAGUACGAACAUCCCGUUCGCUAUUUACGAGGUCCAGCCGAGAGUGUCCACUUCUGGAGGUGUAACUAGCUUCAUCUCUGCACCAGCGUUUCAACCCGGAAACCACGGCAACACGAACAUUCCUUUCACCGUUUUCGAGGUCCAGCCAAGCGUGUCCGGUUCCGGUGCUUUGUUCGGUCCUAGUGCUUUAGAGGAACUGCUGAAACAGACCGAAACGGGGAAGCAGUUGAUAAAACGGGCCGCGAGAGCUCCAUUUACCAAAGAAAGCCAACGGGAAUUGGUAGACAUAAUAGCAGAACAUCACAACAGCCAAGGAUCGAAGGCAACGGAGGAAAAUUUGGAGCAGUACGCCUCGGCAGUAGCUCUUUUAUUUGAUAAGGAAGAAAAGGAUAUCUACUACACCAAGAGAGGUGGCGGGAAGCGGAACCCAGGGGGUAAAAUUUACAACAGAAUACACAAUCAGAAGCAGGCUAAAAAGAGGCGGGACAACUUAGAGGAAGCUCACGUGUCUCAAGAGAACCAAGCACCCGAAGGAGAUCCAGUAUGCCAAGAGGCCAUCGAAUGGCUCCGGCUCAACGUUAAUCCAUGGUCCGUUACCCUAGACAAAUGGAAAUCUUCGUUUGGUUAUCGGCGCAAAAGCUUGCAAGAUCCAAAGUGUGCACGAGAAUGUGUCGACCAAUUUCGACACUAUUCGGAGCAAUAUGGUUAUCAGUUGGUGGGUACCGUUUGUCUGAACGAUUCAUGUGACCACCACUACACACUCAAUCGCGAGUACCGUAGGUAGAAAGUCAUGAGGCAGGAUAGGGAUGCGUUU